AUGUCUGGCCAAGGAGACUACCCGUGCAGAGUAAACGCUGUUCCUCGCCCAAUUCCUGACAAGAAGUGGUUUGUGCAGCCAUGGUUGAUUGUGCUUAUGGGAGGUGUUCUGCCAUUUGGAAGUAUCUUUAUCGAGAUGUAUUUUAUUUUCACCUCAUUUUGGGCGUACAAAAUCUACUACGUUUACGGUUUCAUGCUCCUUGUCACCAUUAUUUUGGCAAUUGUCACUGUUUGUGUCACAAUUGUUUGCUCGUACUUCCUGCUGAAUGCUGAGGAUUACAGAUGGCGGUGGACUAGUUUUAUGGCAGGUGCAUCGACGGCGCUAUACGUGUAUCUGUAUUCGGUUUAUUACUUUUUCUUCAAGACAAAGAUGUACGGUUUGUUCCAAACGGUCUUCUAUUUUGGCUAUAUGGGCAUCUUCUCUGCGGCACUUGGUCUCAUGACUGGCACAAUCGGCUAUGUGGGAACGGCGAAAUUUGUACGAAAAAUUUACUCCACGGUAAAAAUCGACUAA